CUACUCUUUGCUUCUCUUAUCUGGGAGAAUUUUUUUUCCCCCAAGCAAAGCAUGAACAGUUGUGAAGUGGAAAAUGGAGGCUGAAUUUUACAUGGCGAUCCUUACCUGCUUGAUAUUCGGGAACUCAGAGAGUUUUCAGAUUGUGCAUGUCCAGAAACAAGCAUGCCUUGUUAAAACUGAGAUUGUGAGCAUGGGCUCAUGUAAUGGCACCAACCGGAACCAGCAGUGGAUGUGGACUGAAAAUGAAAAGCUCCUUCAUGUACAAUCCGCUCUGUGCCUGGGUAUCUCCAACUCCUCUGGUCGCCAUUCUCGAUCAGUCAUCCUUGUCCAUUGCUCAGAGGCACCUCAGUGGACCUGCUAUGUGGAGAAAGGAUAUCUUGAGGUGGGAAAUACUUCUUUCUUUCUCAAGAAGCAAGGCUUCAAGGUAGUGGUCAAGAAAGGCAGGAAUUAUCUCCAUAGUUGGAUGAAGAAAGAUGUCAACGAGGAAGGAAAAUCAGUCAACGAAAAUAUCUGCUAUACAAAAGCUGACCUGGGAGCAGAAGUUUCAGUAAGAAGCUUUAGAAACAGGACUUCUUCUCGAAUGCCCACCACUGUCCAUGCAGCUCCCUAUACUCUGGAACAUAUUACUAAGAACACCACAGAGCCCUUCCCCAGAAGUACUUCAGAAAGCUACAGUCCAAGUAGCAUCAUGGAGCUGCACCCUAGUUUGCAGAUGACUGAUGGUACAGGAACAUCCUGGGUUCCUUGGACAACUCCACCCCACUCCAGAACAACAGAAGAGACGGUUCUGGGAGAGCCAGUGAGAUGCAACUUCACCCUGACGGAGUCUACAGUCUCUAACCAGUCGGUGUCUCUCCAGUGGAGGACUUCGGGUUCACCUUGUAACUUUAGCCUCAUCUAUAGCAGCGACACAUCGGGUAUUGCAUGGUGCCACCCGGUUCAGAUGGAUAACACCUCCUAUGGAUGUAUUCUCAAGGACCUAGAAGCUGGAAUCUUCUAUAACUUCAGGAUUGUCUCUCUGGAUGGAGAGGAAAGAACUGUGGUCUUGCAAACAGAUCCUUUGCCUCCUGCUAAGUUUGAAGUCACUAAAGAAAAGACUACAUCAACUAGUUUACAUAUUUGGUGGAUACCUUCUUCUGGAAAAGUCACCUGGUAUGAGGUGGAAUUAUUUGAUGAUGAGCAAAAGACACAGAAAGUCCAAGUUCGAGAAAGCCCGUCAAUGAAUGAAUACACAUUUUUCAACCUCACUGCUGGUACCAAAUACAAUAUUGCCAUCACAGCCAUUUCUGGAGAUAAACAUUCCCGCACAAUUUACACCACUGGGUCCACAGUGCCAUCUCCUGUGAAAGAUAUUGGUAUUUCAGCAAAAACUGAUUCUCUACUGAUUUCCUGGUCCCAUGGCUCUGGGAAUGUAGAAAGAUACCAGAUAAUUUUAAUGGACAAAGGGAUCUUAGUUCAUAGUGGCGCCCUGGACAAAUACACUUAUUCCUAUACAUUUCAUGGACUAAAGCCUGGCCACCUCUAUAACCUCACAGUUGUGACUGAGGCUGCAGAACUACAAAGCUCCACGUGGAAACUAGCCAGGACAGUCCCCAUGGAAGUCUCAAACCUGAAGGUAACAAAUAAUGGCACAUCAACCUCUCUAAAGGUCAAAUGGCAAAGACCAUCUGGAAAUGUGGAUUCCUACAACAUUACACUCUCUCACCAAGGAACUAUAACCGAAUCCAGAGUACUAGCACCUCAGGUUACUGAAACUCACUUUAAAGACUUAACCCCUGGACGACUUUAUCAAGUUAUCAUCAGCUGUAUUUCUGGUGAAAUGUAUGCUCAGAGAAUAGCAAUGGGAAGAACAAUUCCAGAGAAAGUAGGGAACUUGGAGGCAAGUACCAAUGGCUCGGUAAAGUCCCUGGUAGUGAGUUGGUUGCCCCCUGCUGGAGACUGGGAUCAGUAUCGCCUCUUGCUGUUCAGUGAGUCUUUGGUGCUGCUCAACACCACAGUGGAAAAGGAGGAAACACAUUAUGCCAUGGAUGACUUGGGGCUCAUACCUGGAAGAAAGUAUGAAAUAGAAGUCAUUGUUGAGAGUGGAAAUCUGAAAAAUUCUAAGCGUUGCCAAGGUAGAACAGUCCCUCUGGCUGUCCUCCAGCUUCGUGUCAAGCAUGCCAAUGAAACUUCAUUGAGUGUCAUGUGGCAGAUUCCAGUAACAGAGUGGGAGAAAUACAUCAUCUCACUAGUCGACAGAGACCUCUUACUCAUUCACAAGUCACUCCCCAAAGAUGCCAAAGAAUUCACUUUUACUGACCUGGUGCCUGGACGGAAAUACAUAGCUACUGUCACUAGUAUUAGUGGAGACUUAAACAAUUCAUCUUCGGUCAAAGGGAGAACAGUACCUGCCCACGUGACUGGUUUACAUGUAACCAAUCAAGGCACAAGCAGCAGUUUGUUUACUAACUGGACCCGAGCUCUGGGAGACAUAGAUUUCUACCAAGUUUUACUGAUCCAUGAAAAUGUGGUCAUCAAAAAUGAAAGUGUCUCCAGUGAAACCAGCAGAUACAGCUUCCACUCCCUCAAGCCUGGCAGCCUAUACUCUGUGGUGGUCACAACAGUGAGCGGAGGAAGCUCUUCCCGACAAGUGGUGGUGGAAAGUAGGACAGUCCCCUCCAGCGUGAGUGGAGUAACAGUGAACAAUUCUGGCCGUAAUGACUACCUCAGCAUUUCUUGGUUGCCGGCUCCUGGAGAUGUGGAUAACUAUUUGGUGACGCUCUCUCAUGACAGCAGGGUGGUCCAGUCCCUCGUCAUUGCCAAGUCUGUCAGCGAGUGUUCCUUCAGCUCCCUCACCCCUGGCCGCCUCUACAAUGUGACCGUAACAACAAGGAGUGGCAAGUACGAAAAUCAUUCCUUUGGCCAAGAACGAACAGUGCCUGACAAGGUCCGAGGAAUGAGCAUCAGCAGCUCAGCCAGGAGUGACUACUUAAGAGUAUCUUGGGCUCAUGCCUCUGGGGACUUUGAUCACUAUGAAGUCACCAUUAGAAACAAAAACAACUUCAUUCAAACCAAAAGCAUUCCCAAGUCGGAAAACGAGUGUGUCUUUGUAAACCUUGUCCCUGGACGAUUGUACAGUGUCACUGUCAGUACAAAAAGUGGACAAUAUGAAACCAGUGAACAAGGGAAUGGAAGAACAUUUCCAGAGUCUGUUAAGGAUUUAACAUUGAGAAACAGGAGCACUGAAGAGCUUCAGGUGACAUGGUCACAAGCUGAAGGGGAUGUUGACCAGUAUGAGAUCCAACUGCUCUUCAAUGACAUGAAAGUGUUUCCUCCUUUCCAUCUCGUAAAUACAGCGACAGAGUACCGAUUCACCUCCCUGACACCCGGACGACAGUACAAAAUUCUUGUCUUGACGAUCAGUGGCGAUGUCCAGCAAUCAGCCUUCAUUGAGGGCUUCACGGUUCCUAGCACUGUCAAAAAUAUUCACAUUUCUCCCAGUGGGUCAACAGACAGCCUGAGGGUGAACUGGACUCCUGGAGGGGGAGACGUUGAUUCCUACACUGUGUCAGUGUUCAGACAGAAUCAAAAGGUGGAGUCCCAGACUGUCCCCAACCACAUCACUGAGCACACGUUCCAUAGACUGGAGGCAGGCGAACAGUACCAGAUUGUGAUUGCCUCUGUCAGUGGAUCUCUGAAGAAUCAGAUUGAUGCCAUGGGGCGAACAGUCCCAGCAUCUGUUCAGGGCUUAAUUGCAGACAAUGCAUAUGCCAGUCAUUCCUUAAUAGUAAGUUGGCAGAAAGCAAUUGGUGUGGCAGAAAGAUAUGAUAUCUUGCUUCUAAAUGAAAAUGGUGUCCUGCUGAGUAACACGUCGGAGACAGCUAUGACCAGACAACACAAAUUCGAAGACCUAACCCCAGGAAAGAAAUACAAAAUACAGAUCCUAACUGUCAGUGGAGGCCUCUUUAGCAAGGAAGCUCAAACAGAAGGCCGAACAGUGCCAGCAGCUGUCACCAAUCUGAGGAUCACAGAGAACUCCACCAGACAUCUGUCCUUCAGUUGGACCACCUCAGAAGGGGAGCUCAGCUGGUACAAUAUCUUUCUAUACAACCCAGAUGGAUCUCUCCAGGACAGAGCUCAAGUGGAUAGAAAAGUCCAGAGCUACUCUUUCCAGAACUUACUACAAGGCCGAAUGUACAAGAUAGCAAUUGUAACUCACAGUGGGGAACUAUUUAAUGAGGCUUCUCUUCUCAGUAGAACAGUCCCAGCUUCUGUGAGUAAUCUGAAAGGAUCCAACCAGAACACAACAGAUAGCCUCUUAUUCAGCUGGAGCCCAGUCUCUGGGGACUUCGACUCUUAUGAGCUGAUCCUCUAUAAUCCCAAUGGCACCAUGAAGGAAAGCAAGACCUUUAAGGACAUGACAGAAUGGCGUUUUCAUGACCUGGUUCCUGGAAGGAAGUACACGCUGUGUGUGGUGACUCACAGUGGGGAUCUCAGUAACAAGGUCAUAGGGGAGAGCAGAACAGCCCCGAGUCCUCCCAGCCUGAUGUCGUUUGCUGAUGUUGCAAACACAUCCUUGGCCAUCACCUGGAAGGGACCCCCAGACUGGACAGACUACGAUGAUUUUGAGCUACAGUGGUACCCGAGAGAUCCAAUCACUGUCUUCAACCCCUAUAGCAACAGAAAAUCAGAAGGACGCAUUGUGUAUGGCCUUCGUCCAGGGAGAUCCUAUCAAUUCAGUGUCAAGACAGUCAGUGGUAACUCCUGGAGAACAUACAGCAAACCGAUUUUUGGAUCUGUGAGGACAAAGCCAGACAAGAUACAAAACUUGCACUGCAGGCCUCAGAACUCCACGGCCAUUGCCUGCUCUUGGAUCCCCCCUGACUCUGACUUUGAUGGAUAUAGCAUUGAAUGCAAGAAAAUGGACACACAAGAGGUUGAAUUCUCCAGAAAGCUGGAGAAAGAAAGAUCUCUGCUGAAUAUCAUGAUGCUAGUGCCCCACAAGAGAUACCUUGUAUCCAUCAAGGUGCAGUCUGCUGGCAUGACCAGUGAGGUGGUUGAAGAUAGCACCAUCACCAUGAUAGACAGACCCCCUCCUCCACCUCCACAUAUCCGUGUGAACAAAAAGGAUGUGCUCAUUAGCAAAUCUUCUAUCAACUUCACUUUCAACUGCAGCUGGUUCAGUGACACCAAUGGGGCUGUGAAAUACUUCACAGUGGUGGUGAGAGAGGCUGAUGGCAGCGAUGACCUGAAGCCAGAGCCGCUGCACCCUCUACCCUCUUACCUGGAAUACAGACAUAAUGCAUCCAUCCAAGUGUACCAAACUGAUUACUUUGCUAGCAAAUGUGCUGAAAGUCCUGACAGCAACUCCAAAAGUUUUAAUAUUAAGCUUGGAGCAGAGAUGGAGAGCCUUGGUGGAAAAUGCGAUCCCAAUCAGCAAAAAUUUUGUGAUGGACCACUGAAACCACGCACUGCCUACAGAAUCAGCAUACGGGCUUUUACCCAGUUGUUUGAUGAGGACCUGAAGGAAUUCACAAAGCCACUCUAUUCUGACACAUUUUUCUCCUUACCUAUCACUACUGAGUCAGAGCCUUUGUUUGGAGUCAUUGAAGGCGUGAGCGCAGGUCUGUUCUUAAUUGGCAUGCUGGUGGCUGUUGUUGCCUUAUUCAUCUGCAGACAGAAAGCAAGCCAUGGUGGAGAGAGGCCUUCUGCCCGCCUCAGCAUUCGCCGAGACCGACCAUUAUCUGUCCACUUGAACCUGGGCCAGAAAGGCAACCGGAAAACUUCUUGCCCAAUAAAGGUUAAUCAGUUUGAAGGACACUUUAUGAAGCUGCAGGCUGACUCCAACUACCUUCUCUCUAAGGAAUACGAGGACUUAAAAGAUGUGGGUCGAAACCAGUCGUGUGACAUUGCACUCUUGCCAGAGAAUAGAGGGAAAAAUCGAUACAACAAUAUAUUGCCCUAUGAUGCCUCUCGAGUGAAGCUGUCCAACGUGGAUGAUGACCCCUGCUCUGACUACAUCAAUGCCAGCUACAUCCCUGGCAACAACUUCAGAAGAGAAUACAUCGCCACUCAGGGACCUCUUCCCGGCACCAAAGAUGACUUCUGGAAGAUGGCAUGGGAGCAGAAUGUUCACAACAUCGUCAUGGUGACCCAGUGUGUGGAGAAGGGCCGAGUAAAAUGUGACCAUUACUGGCCAGCAGACCAAGAUUCCCUAUACUAUGGGGACCUUAUCCUGCAGAUGCUUUCAGAGUCUGUGCUGCCCGAAUGGACCAUCCGGGAAUUCAGGAUAUGCAGUGAAGAGCAACUCGACACACACAGACUCAUCCGCCAAUUCCACUACACAGUGUGGCCAGACCACGGAGUCCCAGAGACCACCCAGUCCCUGAUCCAGUUUGUGAGGACUGUCAGGGACUACAUCAACAGAAGCCCUGGUGCCGGGCCCACCGUGGUGCACUGCAGUGCUGGUGUGGGUAGGACCGGAACCUUUAUGGCACUGGAUCGAAUUCUCCAGCAAUUAGACUUCAAGGACUCUGUGGACAUCUAUGGAGCAGUUCAUGACCUAAGACUUCACCGGGUUCACAUGGUCCAAACUGAGUGUCAAUAUGUAUACCUGCAUCAGUGUGUAAGAGAUGUCCUUCGAGCACGGAAGCUACGAAGCGAACAAGAAAAUCCCUUGUUUCCAAUCUACGAAAAUGUGAAUCCAGAGUAUCACAGAGACGCGGGCUAUUCAAGGCAUUGAGAAUGUCCCCAGAGAUCUCCUGGAUAUAAACUAGCCACUCUGUGAUUUAUUUUUUGUUUGUUUGUUUGUUUAUACUUGCUUCAUACCUUACAGAGGUGCCAGCUAUUUCUGUUGAUACUAUGUAUAAUUUAUUAAUCUGAAGAAUUUUAAAGAAUUUAUGUAAUUUAAAGGUAACAGAUAUUAUUGUACAUAAUUGUAUUUUGUAGUAUCUUCUGUAAAUAUGUAUUUUUCAUAAUGUUUAAUAUUAAGCUUUAUAUAAUACUAUUUUUUCCACACAUAAGUGUUUAUGAAUUGUUCUGCAUAAACUAAUUCAACCUAUACAAUAGGACUCCUGAUAAAAUGUGUAUAGCAGUGGUUUGGGGGCAACCCCUAAACCAUGAUUUUUACUGCUGUUUAUAUUUAGUGGGCUGGAGAGCAUAUAUAGGAUGGCUAACUUUGCUGCAUUGCUGUUCUAUGAAUCUCUGGAGCCGAAAAUCAUUCACAUGCUGUUUGGACAAAAAAAAAAAAAAUCAAAAAGGGUUGAGAUCAAACAGCACCAAUGUUAAAGGCAGUGGUUGUACCUAACCUAGUUCUCUCUUUUCUCCUGCCAGAGUUUCAAGCCAAAGUGACCUUCAGUCUCUUGGGUGUCAUGUCACUUGCCUUGUAAGUCCAGGCUACAGGCUUGAAGGUCCUGAUAAGAGAAUAAGCCAGACAGUAGCGAUCAGUUGCUUGUGUUAAAGUAGUGCCACUUGUGCUCCUGACUGGAAACUCGCCAUGCAAACACUUAGCCCAGUGACUGGAGGUUAUUUCAUUGCCUUCAGUGUGCAGUGUGAACACAGAAGAUGCCCACUGGAAUGCAGUUGUUGUACACUCUCUUUUGUUUCUAGUGGGCUGCAUGCUUGGAAAAGUAAAAAUGAUGCUGAGUAGACUUGGUGUUCCCCUGAGAAGCUAUACUGGUAGCAGACUAUCCUCAUCAAAGAGCCAUCCCCAUUAAAAAAAAAAAAAAAAAGAUACCGUUAAUUUUUUAAAACUCAGGAGGGGCAAUAGAUAGCAUGAUGGUCAUGCAAAAAGACUCUCAAGCCUGAAACUCCAAAGUCCUAAGUGAAAGUGAAAGAAAGAAAGAGGAAGAAAGAAAGAGAAAAGAAAAAGAAAAUCAAAAACAAAAAAACUACUAGUGGUAGGAAUCAGUUUUUCCAAAUUCAUUUAAAAUUAAUUAUUGAGGUCAAAUUACCAAGUGGUCACUUUAAGUUGCAUUUAAUAUAUAAGGCAGUACCUACUCUACCAAGUUUAGUUCUGUAUCUAUUACUGUUUUUUUCUUCUCUCUCUCUCUAUCUCUCUCCCUCUCUUCCUCUUCCUCUUCCUCUUCCUCUUUCUCUUUCUCUUUCUCUUUCUCUUCUCUUCUCAGUGCCACCCCACCAGAGUCAUCGCUGGGGCUUGGUGUCAGGCACUAUGAAUCCACCACUCCCAAGGCCAUUUUUCCUUUUCUUUUUCUUUCUGUUUUACUUUGUAAAACAGAAAGAAAUUUAGAUGGGGGGAAGAUAAAUAGAUAGAUAGGUAGACAGAUAGAUAGAUAGAUAGAUAGAUAGAUAGAUAGAUAGAUAGAUAGAUAGAUGAUAGAUAGAUAGAUACACAUCUGCAGACUUGCUUCACCACUCAUGAAGCAUUCCCCUGUAGGUGGGGAGCAGGGGUUUGUACCCAGGUCCUCAUGCACUAUAACCUGUGCUUUCAACCAGGUAGACCUCUGUCCAGUCCCUUAGUUACUAUUUCUUCUAUAACAAACUUCGGUUGAGGUCAAAAGUGGGCGUUACCCUGCUCACCAUUCAGUUUUGAGGUUUCUCUGGAGAAAGUUUGAAAAUCACCUGAACUCCCUACCAAAAAAAAAAAAAAAAAAAAAAAACCUCUUUCCUCAUUGCAAUUUUUUUCUUUAUUGGGGGGGAUUUACAGUUUACAGUCAAUAAUAAAACACAAUAGUUUGUACACAUGUACCAUUUCUCAGUUUUCCACAUAACAGUUCAGCCCCAGGUAGGUCCUCCUCUGAACAUCAUGUUCCAGGAUCUGAACUCUCCCCACCCCCACUGACCCCAAAGUCCUUUACUUUGGUGCAAUACACCACCUCACUGCAAAUUUUAUUUAUUUAAUUUAAGAAUUAGAAAUUAAAUUUGUUGAUUUAGUCUCACAUCUUUUUUUUAAAAAAAAUCUAUGUUUUUGUUGGCUAAGUCCCAUUAGUAAUAUACUGGGUAUAGUUAGCAUAUAAAUAGAAAAUCACUAGAUAGAUCUAAAACUGUUACUUAGAGUUACACUUACGAUAAAUCUACACACGAACUGGAAAACUUACCAGUGCUUUCCUAGAUUUAAAACCAGUAAAAGAAAAGCUUUAUAGGAACGAAUGUGAAGAGCAGUAAUAGGAUUCCAAGCUUCCAUGGUUUGACUGUGUUCAGUGCUUUUGUAUUAGGCUCUGAUUCUGCUUCAGGGAAUUAGGUGGCUCUUUUGGAAAUGGGAAGGAACGUAUGCAUGCGUGUGGCAGACAUACUAUCAGGGAGAAAAUAAGAGGCCAGAGAUUCAUGAGGUGGGCUGUCUAUUAGGAGUAACUCUCCAUACAUUAAAAAAAAUUAAAAGCAAGAAAAAAAAAGAUUUUUAAAUUGACAUUGCUUGAGGUAAAGCACACUAAUACACAGAAAUAAAUUCAUUUUUGAGUUGUCAUUCAUUCCAAAAACUUUAA